AUGUUUGACAUCACUGACGACGCGUCCAAACGCGAAAAAUGCUAUACCACAGUCGCUCGUCUGCCUGCUUUUGUCGACCCGAAGCAGAUUCCCAGCAAGAAACCUCCUUUCUCUACCAUCCUGAACCACCCAUUUGUGCAUACUGUCGAACUUAUCUUGCCUCAAAAUGUUUAUGAAAGCAUAUCCGCGUCAUUGGAUGCCAAGCUAGAAAAACCGCAGUAUGCACGGGUUUUCAUGUCACCUUUCGAAUUACUCGAACCAGAAUUCUUUAACACAUACAUUAAGACCGGCAAUAUUCUCAUGAUUUCGGAAGGCAAAGCUGGGUCAGACAAUGUUUUUACACUAAACAAUGGAACUAUCAAAAUCGAAUUAGGGAAGGAAGUCUUCGAGCGCACAGGGCUUCCUGGAAAACCAAUCCGUAGCGGAGGCAGGAAGCAUGGAAAAGAGAGAUACUUGGUUGAGUUGAAUUUACGACUGCCGUCAAUGUUACAUGGCAAGAAAGGAUUUGACAAAAUUGUGUCUGCGUUCAAGAAUGUCCUCGACUCGUCCUUGGCCUGGCUGUUCUGCGACCUAGAGCCGACAGUCGGCCAAACCCAUGAUACCAGGCCGAUCCAAAAGCUUCAUCCGCAAGUUGUGGAGCUUGAACAGCUGGAAACGAACCUCGGCACAGUUCUCACUCCACUGCUGGGUGGCCUGCUAUCCAACAGUAUGUCAGAGGAGGACAUGCAAGAAAGAUGUGGGGCUCUCUCCGAAUGGGUAGCUAUGGUCCAGCUGGGGUCCCCUCGGGUGUCUGCUGCCGAUCAUGUUGACCCAUACCUGAGUCGCUACAGCGUCCCAGAGUCCGACGAGACAUGCCCCAUUGAUCUUGUCAGCCUAAAAUGGCAUGGUUUAAUUUCUUCAAAGUGGAUAAUCCAGCUUUUCUCCGCUUUACUCGGCUCUAGGCUUCAUACUUCAAAGUUCAGCCCUAAAUCGGCUUGGUUCAUUUUGUCUGCCUCUGCUCUGGGAAGGCAAGCUAUAGAGGGAAAAGACGGUUUUAUGAUUGCAUCUGCUCCAAAUAUAUGCUCCUCUGUCAUGGCUGAUCAGAAGGAUACCGAUGCUAAAGGACCCGAGUAUCGUCAUGCCAUCUGCUGGGAGUUUGUUGGGGCAACUGCUAUGGAGAAUUGA